AUGGCUGAUGCCAAGAAGGCCACUCCGGCCUCUGCCGGCAAGCGCAAGGCCGAUGAGGAAGACGACGAUGAUGAUGAGGAGGAGGAAGAGGAAAAGGAGGCGGAGCCCGCGCCCGCCAAGAAAAAGCAGCGGCUCGACGUGGAGGGCAACGCGGCCGCCACUAAUGGCGGCACGGACAGCACCCGAGUGUUCGUUGGCAACCUGAGCUGGAAGGCCACCGAGGACGACGUACGGAAGCACUUCAAGGACUGCGGCAAGAUUGUGAAUGUACGGAUGGGUGUUGAUCCGGAGACGGGUCGUUCUAGGGGCUUUGCGCAUGUGGAAUUUGGAGAUGCCGCUCAGGCUAAGAAGGCCGUCUCCAAAGCCGGCACGGAGAUUGACGGCCGAGCCAUCAAGGUGGAGGUCACGCAGCCACGGCCCCAGAGCUUUGGCGGGGGCGGCCGCGAGGAUGAGAUUCGGUCCGCCUUGGAGGAGGUCUUUGGCGGUUGCGGCGGGAUUAAGAGCAUUCGCUUGCCGUCUGAUCGCGAAGCUGGCACCUUGAAGGGUUUUGCGUAUAUUGAGUUCGACUCGACUGAAGCCAAGGUGAGGUUGUUCAGGGUGCGCGUGCACGUGUGUGUUGUGUGUGUGCCGGGCUGGGACGUCCGCUUUCAUCACGCCAAUUGA